AUGGCUUCUCUUACGAAAGACUUCCCCGCCAUCCGAGCAUGCAUUUUUGACAUGGACGGUCUCCUCAUCGACUCCGAAGACAUAAUCACGAUGUCCAUAAACCAGUUUCUUGAAAAGCACGGGAGGCCUACUUUAAGCCGGUCAAUCCGGGCCAAACUCAUGGGUGUUCCAAACUCGACUACCAGUGACGUUUUCCACGACUGGGCUCAACUGCGUAUCCCUCGCGAGCAAUUCGCCCACGAAGCGACUGAGCAGAUGAAAAUGCAUUUCCCUAGUUGCAGGCCGCUGCCUGGCGCGCAGGAGCUACUCUCAAACCUCAGCCGAGCAUUCUGUGCUGCCAACAGGAGAUGA